CAAGCUUUUCUGACUCAAGCCACCACCCAGGCAACGACUUGCGCAAAGACGACCGUCACCCCAGAGCUCACGCCCCUGGCGUGCGCCGGGGGCCUCCCGACGACGCCUGCCGGCAAUGCUGGCUGCGCGCAGUCCGCCACGGGCGCUGGCGCCGGACGUCGCGGUGGAGCUCGGGGCAGAGUUCACGGACGACCGCCAGAUGGCCCAGCUGCGCAGCGUGAUCGACGAGCGCUUCCGGGCCGUGGUCCAGGCGGAGCUCGGGGCGGUCUUCGGCCCGUGCCCCUCCUGCCCCCUCGGCGUGUCGCGUGCGGAGCCCGGCGCCUGCGCGGCGGAGUCCAGCGGCGGCCUUGCGCGGCAGUGCGACUUCGGCCGCUCGCUGGCCGAUGGCGUGCAGUACAGCGGGUCGGGCAGCCAGGCCACGGGGGAGGGGAAGAAGCGGCUCACGAGAGUCGGACUCAGCCAGGAGGACAAGGCGACCAGGCGAGUCGUGCACGAGCUCAACGGUGGGACAGGCAGUUGUAGCACGUCCGAGCCGACGCGAAGCCUCCGGUUGGAAGGUCGCGCACGGCUCAGGCACAUGGCCUCCAAGUUGGUCCAUGAGAAUCCGUGGUUUGACUUCGUGCUGGGCUUGCUGAUCAUCUCGAAUUCCGUGCUCAUCGGCGUCGAGACGCAGCUCCGAUUGGAAGAUGAAAGCGGACCCCCUCCUUAUCUGUUCUGGAUUGAAUCCUUCUUUCUAGUUUGUUUUGUCUCAGAGCUCUGUGUGCAUUGGCUGGCUGACGGAACGGACAACUUGUCCAGCGGUUGGUUCUGGUUUGAUUCUAUAGUUCUCGUGGCAACUGGCAUUGUCUACACUUGGAUCGUCGACCCCAUCCUGGCCGCUACGUCCCAGGAUCUGCCGCUCGUCUCUCAGAUACUGACCCUGCGCGUCCUCCGCUUGCUGCGGCUGGUCAGGGCGCUCAGGUUGAUGGACCACUUCAAGGAGUUGUGGAAGCUCUGCAGCGGGCUGCUCAGGUCGUCCCGCACGAUGCUCUCCGUGUGCGCGCUGGUGAUCAUAGCUCUGUUCGUCUUCGGCUGCCUGGGGGUCGAUCUGAUCGCCACUUCGCCCAAGCUCAACCAGAAUGAGGAGACGCGGGCGAUCAUCGAGGUGCAUUUUUCGAGCUUGAUGGUGACCCUUCUCACCCUAAUGCAGUUCGCCAACGCCGACUCGAUCGGAAGCAUCUACCUGCCGCUCUGCAAAGUCGAGCCGUUCCUGGUGGUGUACUUCCUCGUGAUGUGGCUCGUCGUGACCGUGGCCCUCAUGAAUUUGGUUACCGCUA